CACCCGGUGAAAUAAUAAAAUUGUUGAUUAUGUCAACGUAACCCAAAACAUUAAAUUAAAUUAGGGGUUUAAGGCAUACCCUAUAUUUGACUAUUUAAUUACAUCACAAUAUUGUUAUCUACUCCAGAGCCAGUAAGAAUACAGGAAGUCAACUGUUACUGUGAAGGUUAAAUAGAGCCACAUAUAGAACCAUCUCCAAGAUGAAGCCUCCUACCCAGCAACAUGAAACAACAAAGAUAAUAUCCAAAUAAUGAUACUGUAUCGCAGGUCUCCAUAAAGAACCAUCUCCAAGAUGAAGCAUCCUACCCAGCAACAUGAAACAAAGACAAUAUCCAAAUAAUGAUACUGUAUCGCAGGUCUCCAUAGAGAACAUAUUGGACAAUAUUGAAGAUGAAAAUUAAGAUUAGCCAUAGUCCAGCAAUCGCCUAGUUUUAGAUUAAAUCUGCCGUAGAGUCCACCAUUUACACAAGCACACGCAACGUAACAUGCAAGCCAAGGGGGCCCAUUGUAUAAUUUCCUACUAACGAAGAAACCGGAAGUGUGAUUGUUUUGUUCUGUAGAAGGUGUUAUGGCGGCGCCAGUGGAGGGAAUUUCAAAAGUGAGCAGAUCCUGCUAAAUAGAGUCAAUCUAACCUCAUGUAUUAACAGUGAAAACUACAAGAAACGCGUGAGCUGUCAUUCGGGACGCUUCCUCAUAACAUAACAGAGCCUUCACCCAAAGAUAAAGACCCAGACUGGUGACCUAAGAUGACCAGAGUAGGUCCCCUGCAGCAGCGUCCUCUAGCAGGGUGCAGUGACCCAGACAUCUGGCUGGUCCCCCUGCCUGCCCCGGUGCCCCUGGUCCCCGCUAGCCUCCUGCGGUGCCCGGAACUGGACCUGUCUCUCCCCCUCAGCCCAGACCCGCCACGGCCCAACCCGGCUAGCCUGCUGAGAGGACGCAGCCACCGGCAGGUGCGAUUUGUCUCCGAGGUGCCUGUGGUUGACAUGGUGAUAGCAGAGCCUAGCAAAGACCCUCCACCUUGGCAAUGCCCUGGACACUCCAGCAGUUACUCAAAGGGGAAAAGACUCCAUGGUGGAGAACUGCGUUGGAGGGCAAGGUCAGAACCCAAUGAGGAGGCUCCCUGUGAGGAGAGGGGUGGCAGCCUCCCUGAAAGGGCGGAGUUAAAUACUACUCUGGCUCUGAGGGCUGAGCUAGAUAACGUGGCAGGGGCAGAGUUUAACUCCCAGAAGGCCGUGCAGGAGCAACUACAGAAGUCAGACAGAACCAAGAACAGCAUCAGCGCCCGGGCUACAGAGGGGCUGAAUGUCCCUCCAUCCCAGCACCUCUACAGGGCAUUGGUCAAUGUGAAUGUGAAUGUGGAGGAGGAGGAGGUUAUCAGCCAGGCUCUACGUGACAGGCUUCAGCUGGUCUCGCCCACAUGCAGCCAUGGCAACAAGAAAGAGGACAGUCCUGACCUGCAGGUUUUCUUCAGGGGGGAUCUGCUGAGAGAGAAGCCCCUCCUACCAGGGGAGGAGAUUACCAUACCACGCCCCCAGCCCAUCCCACGCCCCGCAGACACAACCUUCGACCUCUACCACAGACACACAUGCUGGGAGGCUGGACCCUGACACACACACUUACUCUGAACCUCUAGACUGAAAGGCCCUGUCCCAAAACUUAAGAAGAGCAUUAUCCCUUCUUUCCCUCCCUACCUCCGUCAUUCUCAGAUAUAAAUAUUAUAUUUGAAACUAAUUUAAGAUAUUAAAGGAAUGAACCUGUA